CCCUCUCCCUCCCUCAGCAUGCAGAGACCGAGCGGUCCGGGCACGGCGUUCUCCAUCGACUCGCUGAUCGGCGCUCCGCAGCCCAGACCGGGCCACCUGCUUUACACGGGCUACCCCAUGUUCAUGCCCUACCGGCCGCUCGUGCUGCCCCACGCGCCCCUGCCCUCGGGGAUCCCGCCGCUGGCGCCGCUCGCCUCGUUCGCCGGCCGCCUCACCAACUCGUUCUGCGCCGGCCUGGGUCAGGGCGUGCCCUCCAUGGUGGCUCUCACCACCGCGCUGCCCGCCUUCUCGGAGCCCGCAGACGGCUUCUACUCCACGCAGGAGGCGGCGGGAGCGCGGCUGAGCGCGGAGCCCCCCAACAGCGGCCGCGAGAGCCCGCGAGAAGAGCUGUUGCACCACCGCGACAAGAGCGCCGAGCUGCUCAACUUCAACCAAACUUUUCAGGCCGUGGCAGGUGAGACCAAACUGUACAGCUCAGACGAUGAGAAACUGGAGCUGAAGUCGGCGGAGGCGGUGUGCAGUGACAGGGACGAAAGCUCAGGCGGCGACAGCGAGAACGAGAGCUUCUCGGACGGCGCCGCGUGCGCUCCGGGCCACGGGGGCAAGCUGAAGUCGGUCGCUGGAGGAGGAGGAGGAGGGGGAGGAGGGUCUCGCGAGCCGCUGCCUCCGGGCGCUUCGGCGGCCAAGAGCCGCCGGCGACGGACCGCCUUCACGAGCGAGCAGCUGCUUGAGCUGGAGAAGGAGUUCCACUGUAAGAAGUACCUAUCUCUGACCGAGCGCUCGCAGAUCGCGCACGCGCUCAAGCUCAGCGAGGUGCAGGUGAAGAUCUGGUUCCAGAACCGGCGCGCCAAGUGGAAGCGCAUCAAGGCGGGAAACGCGGGCGGGCGCUCGGGCGAGCCCGCCAGGAACCCCAAAAUCGUGGUGCCCAUCCCGGUGCACGUGAACAGGUUCGCCGUCAGGAGUCAGCACCAGCAGCUCGAGCAGGGAGCCAGGCCCUGAAAAAACAAACAAACAGACAAACAAACAAAACUCCUCUACCUGCUCCAACAACGAAAUGCAUGAAGCACAAACAAA